AUGCCUGGCUUUUGCAAAGUCGGUACAGGCUACAACGACAAGAUUGACAUGACGUCAGACGGUUUCAUCUCCGUGACUGAUUCCGUGCAUCUGUUACAGAAGCUCGAGUUCGAGGCCAUUUACGUCGAUGAGGCCCACCACCCUUUGCCCGAAGGAUUGCCAAGAUGCAACGACAUCUUCAAGUUUUCGGCCACGCAUAAAGAAAAAGUUGAUUUUCGGUACAGCCUGGGUGAGGCGAUCCAGCAAGGGGUGCUGUGCGACUACGACCUCACCGUACCCGUGACGACCGAAGGUCAUCCCUACGUUUGCCUUGCGAGUUUGCUGCUUUCGCAGGCUGGGCGAUUUCGGCGGGUGCUCGCCUACUGCAACUCCAUUGCAGAAGCCAAACGAUUCCGGCAGGUGUUGGAGACCGUCGGAUUGGCAGCGUGGCACAUAAAUGGGCAUACAAGCCGAAAAGAGCGAGAGAGGGUGAUGAACGAAUUUUCCGGGGAGCUGCGGAAGCCGGUACAUGUGCUGGUCACUGUUCAGGUCCUCGGCGAGGGAGUCAACAUCCCGAAUGCCGACACAUGCAUGUUCGUGGAGCCCAAAAGCAGCUAUGUGAGCAUCAUACAAGCCAUCGGGCGGGUGCUGCGGCCUCAUCCAUCGAAGCCUAUGGCUCACGUCGUGCUACCUGCGAUUGCAGCCCCUGCCAUGCCGGAGAGGGCUCCCUUCGCGGCGAGUGAUCCGGUAAGAGGCGCCGCGUCCGCGACCCCAAAGUCGAUCUGUGUGGAGGAUGAUGUCCAGGACCUGGAAGCACUGCUGGACGACGUGGACGGGUUGCGAGUGACAGCCGCUGGAAAGGCUGGGACUGGCAGCAAGAGCACCUUUCCUGCUAAGUGCAGCCAGGCCAGCGGUGACCACCAGCUGCCCAACGAGCCAAGGGAAACUUCGAGACAUUUUCAAGCAGAGGGCAGCGACACUGAGAGCAGGUGCCAGUCUGCCGGCCGCCGGGAUUGCUCUAUGGAAUCGCCUGUGCCAGCUACGCCGGCCAAGCUGCAAAUCAAGCAAAGCGUCGGAAAGGCCGAACCAUGCCGCAGCUCCCACAUGGAAGCCGGGACACCGGGCAGUGAGGCGAGUGCCGAGUUCCACGCCCCCGUCACGACAGUUUUGAGCGAAGACGCACCCGUUCUGGUCUCGGGAACCUCUGCAGAGAAUCCGUCUGCUAAUGGACUUAAUGCUGAGUCUGGCAUCAGCUCCAGCAUCUCGACAUCUUCAAGAUCAUGCCAUGAAGAUGGAGGCGACACGGCAAAAGUGCGCCUUCACCAUGUUAAGUAUCCAGCAGAAGCGCACAUGUUGCUGAGCCAGAGAGCAUAUUCGGGAUCUUCAACGAGGAAGCCAACGGUGGACAGGAAAAUUAUGACACCCAGGCUCAAAGCAAAGGCGUUUGGUGAUGGCAAUUGCGGCAGUGCGAAGAUCGACCAGCUUGACAGGUUUUUGGAGGCGAUAGCAAAGGCAGACAGCAGGUUUGUCAAGGCAGAUUUCCAGCAUAUGCAGUCUCGUCUGUGGGUGACGGACUGCAGACUGAAGCAGCCCGUAAUGCAGCAGCUCCUAGUUCGCGAUGUGCAAUAUCAGCUUGCUUUGAUCCUGCAGCAGCGUGAUCCGUGGGAACUACGAUUGCGAGCAGUCGAAAGGUUCGAUCGAGCUCAUGGCAGACUUCCACGAGAAUUCGGCGAUCUGUUCGGAGAGAGAACUUUGGGACUGUGGCUGCAGCAAACCGGUGUUCCGUUCCGGAAGCAGUUGAUCCCGACGCUGAGGAGGCAGAAGCUCUUGAACUCGUCGUGUCAGAGGUUGCAGGCGCGCAUUGCGAAGUGGCUCGAUCCCGGCACAGCCUUUGAGGCAAGAUUGAAGGAACUCCGGAAGUUCGUAGAGCUUCACCAGCGUAUGCCUAGAAGAAGCAAAAAAUCAAAGGCCGAAUGCACAUUGGCCAACAGGCUGCAGUGGUUUGCACGUCCAGAUAUCAAAGGCAGGGAAGAGUGCCUCCGGCUGUUGGAAAUGGAGGGCCGCAUCAUUGCAGAGUGGGCCAAGUCAAAGCGAUCGAAAAAGCACCAAUUCAGAAAUGCAAGAUGGAAGAUGCGGCUGGACACGUUAAUUGAGCAUCUGACCAAUCUGACCAGGACAGGUAGUAUGUCGCGAUCGCUUGGAAGAACUCUAGCUGCAGAGCAGCGGCUUUAUGAUUGGUUGUACAGACAGCGUAGACAAUGGGAUAGUCUUCCAUUGGAGCUCAGAGCAGAGCUCUUGAACUCGCACCCAGCUAUCGCAUCUUUCCUGCGAACCGUGCCAUCGGCGAGGAAUGCAUGCCAUUGGCCAAAAUCGGAGCCGUCGGGCGUUUGA